AUGAAGUUGCUUUCAUGGAAUGUUAGAGGGUUGGGAAGGAUGGAGAAGAGAAGCAAAGUGAAGAAGCUCUUAAAGGAGAGGAGUGUAGACAUGGUACUGUUCCAAGAGACAAAAAAGAUAGAGUUUUCUGAGGAAGAUGUCAGAUCUCUAUGGGUUAAAGCUAAAAUGGAGUUUAUGGUGGUGGAUGCUGAAGGCUCGGCAGGAGGGUUAUUAUGUAUAUGGGACCCAGAUGUAUUCCAAGUGAAGGAUUGCUGCAGUAAUAGAAGGUUCAUCCUAUUAUCAGGUACUUUAUUCCAUCAGUUCAAUUGUGUUAUUAUAAACAUUUAUGCUCCGAAUGAUGUCGGCUCAAGAGGGAAACUGUGGAAUUGUUUAUUGAAACUGAAGGAGGAGUUUCCUGAUCCUUGGUGUUUAGGAGGAGAUUUCAAUGAGAUUAGACAGAUUGGGGAAAGGAGAGGGUGCUCAAGAAGGGAUAGAGGUAUGAAUGAAUUUAAUGAGUUCAUUGAUAAGUGUGAGGUUUCUGAAUUACCUUUACUUGGAAGGAGAUUUACUUGGUGUAAUUCAUUUGCUGGGGAGAAGUGGAGCAAAAUGGAUAGAGUGUUAGUAGAUCCAAAAUGGCUUGAGGUGUUCAAGUUAAAGUUAUGGGGUUUGCCUCGUUUGGUCUCGGAUCAUUGCCCUCUCCUUAUGAUGGAGGAUGAGAGGGAUUGGGGCCCAAAGCCUUUUACGGUUCUAAAUGCUUGGUUUUUGCAUAAAAACCUUAGAAGAUUCUGGGAGUCUAAAUGGGAAGAGGCCAAUGUUGUGGGUUGGGCUGGUUUUAUUCUGGCACAGAAGCUUAAGUUCUUGAAAAAUGGUCUUAAAAGUUGGAAUGUGGAGGUGUUUGGUAAUGUUAUAAAUAAAUUGAAGUUAGUAGAGGGUGAGCUUCAUAGUUUUGAUCUGCUGGCUGAGGUUAGAAACCUUGAUAGAGAGGAAAAAAUGAAGAGAAGUAAGGCUAGGGCUGAAAUGUGGAGGUUGAGUAGGAUGGUGGAGUGGCUAUGGUUGCAAAAGUCUAGGCUCAACUGGGCCAUAAAAGGGGAUAAAAAUACAAGAUUUUUUCAUGUCGUUACAAAGUGUAGAACAAUAAGAAAUGAGAUAAACUCUAUUUCAGAAGGGGAGGUGGUGUUUGAUGAUCCAAGUCAAGUGAAGAGUAAAGUGCUGGAAUUUUUUAAGUUACAGUAUGCAGAACUAUGGCCUUUAAGACCUGUGUUGGGGGGUUAG